AUGGUCGCUGGGAUGGGGGCGCUGCUUUGGGCUCCCCUCGGGCUGUUGCUGUCACUUCGGGCCGGAGCCGCUGACGUGAAAGCGCGGAGCUGCGGCGAGGUGCGGGAGGCGUACAAAACGAAAGGCUUCAGCCUGGUUAACAUCCCCUAUCAGGAAAUCGCAGGGGAACACUUGAGAAUCUGCCCUCAGGAAUACACAUGUUGCACAUCAGAAAUGGAAGACAAACUAAGCCAGCAAAGCAAACUGGAAUUUGAGAAUCUGAUGGACAAGACAAGCCAUUUUGUCCGCACCACAUUUGUAUCGAGGCACAAGAAAUUCGAUGAAUUUUUCCGAGAGCUCCUGGAGAAUGCAGAAAGGUCCUUAAAUGAUAUGUUCGUACGAACAUAUGGCAUGCUGUACAUGCAGAAUUCAGAAGUAUUCCAGGACCUCUUUAUAGAACUGAAACGAUAUUACACGGGAGGCAAUGUGAACUUGGAGGAGAUGUUGAAUGACUUCUGGGCCCGUCUAUUAGAGCGAAUGUUCCAGCUCAUAAACCCCCACUAUCAUUUCUCUGAGGACUAUCUAGAGUGUGUAAGCAAAUACACAGACCAGCUUAAGCCUUUCGGAGACGUACCCAGGAAACUCAAGGUUCAGGUGACGAGAGCUUUCAUCGCGGCAAGGACAUUUGUUCAGGGACUGACCGUGGGCAGAGAAGUUGCCAACAGGGUAUCUAAGGUGAGUCCCACCCCAGGAUGCAUCCGGGCAUUAAUGAAGAUGCUGUACUGCCCUUAUUGCCGUGGACUGCCCACUGUGAAACCUUGCAAUAACUACUGCCUCAAUGUAAUGAAGGGCUGCCUUGCAAACCAAGCAGAUCUGGACACUGAAUGGAAUCUCUUCGUAGAUGCCAUGCUUUUGGUAGCAGACAGACUAGAGGGACCAUUCAACAUUGAGUCAGUUAUGGAUCCCAUUGAUGUCAAAAUUUCUGAAGCCAUUAUGAACAUGCAAGAAAACAGUGUGCAUGUGACUGGAAAGGUUUUCCAAGGGUGUGGACAGCCUAAACCAGCUCCAGGCGUAAGAUCUUCUCGAUCCAUUCCUGAAAACUUCAACGCUCGCUUUCGACCUUAUAACCCGGAAGAAAGACCAACAACUGCUGCUGGCACCAGCUUGGACAGGCUGAGGACUAUCUGGAAGACAAUGCAACAUGGUGUAAUUGACAUUAAAGAAAAACUAAAGCUUUCAAAAAAGUUCUGGUCUACGUUACCCUACACCAUCUGCAAGGAAGAAACAGUGACUGCUGGCAUGUCUAAUGAAGAGGAUUGUUGGAAUGGACACACCAAAGCUAAGUAUCUACCUGAGAUCAUGAAUGAUGGACUCACCAAUCAGAUUAAUAAUCCUGAGGUUGAUGUGGACAUCACCCGGCCUGAUACCUACAUAAGACAGCAAAUUAUGGCGCUAAGAGUAAUGACCAACAAACUAAAAAAUGCAUACAAUGGAAAUGAUGUGAAUUUUCAGGACACAAGUGAGGAGACCAGUGGCUCCGGUAGUGGAAGCGGCUGUACGGAUGAUAUUUGUCCAACAGAAUUUGAAUUCAUCACCACAGAAACUCCUCUCAUUGACUCAGACAGGAGGGAAGUGGACUCUUCAGCCAGCCAGCCCUAUCCAUCCAUCCUCACGGGCUUCCUCCUUCUUACAGUCUUUCUCCUGCAAAGACACUGCAGAUAA